CGGUGGUUGUUGUUGAUUUGAGAUGAAGACAACCCGACAUCCGAAAUUUUAAUAUUUGUGUUGCAGAAAUCUCUUGCUUUACUGCUUAAGUUCUAGAUUUUAUCCAAGUUUUACUCUUCUCAAGGCUGAUGAAGCGAGCGCCGCAAAAUCAGCAGAUAUGGACGACGGAAAGCGGCCCUCUGAUUCCAGAUGCGAGAUCACAACUGCUGUCUGUAUACCCUUACCGGUUAGCUGGUCCUGCGUACGCAACACAGCACCCUGGAAAUUUGAAUCCUUACGCACAGGCUUUUUGGAAUCAUGCUGGCGUUAGACUCCCCCCAAUGUUGGCUGGACACACCUUUAGUACCAUGUCUGCACCUGGUCCGCAGUGGAUUCCGGGAAUGGCACCUUCGAGUAACUUUGGAAUAGGAGCUCCACCAAUACCAUAUUAUUAUGGGAUGAACCCGACAGUGACCUCAGCUCAAGACGGUCGCGAAUUAGGUGAAAUCGUUAGAACAGAUAAAAGGCAGAACACUAAUGACGAUACGCGUAUUGACUCUGACCCUAAUAAACAAUUCUACGAGCCAAUUUCUCCCCCUAAAACAAGCCACACAGAAUAUGAGGCUCGAGCUCGCACUCUCCAGUCAUCUUUGAACUUUGAUCGGCAAUCGAUGCACAAUAUUUCAGCCUUUCAUCAUCAGUCUCAGCCUCAACCAACGUCCUCGUUUUCGACAGAUUAUCCAUACCAUCGUUCCAACCAGAACGUAUCGGGGCCUGUGUUUCCACAAGGAGUACAGACUGGCCAAUACUCUCCAAUUUGUCGCGGUUCAGGAGGUGUAAAAAAAUCGGAAAACUUGCGGCGAAAAGCCCUCUUGAACUCAGCAUCAUCAGCUCUAACCGUUACUGAUUCAACACAACCACCGAAUGCUGCACUGGAUCUAGCUACAAACGUAAACGACAAAGGGCCCGAGAACACCUCUUGCGUCUCCAAACCAUCAUCAGAUAACCAAACGACGUCACUGGAUCUGGUAAACCGACAGAACUCGGCAACUUCUUCAACCCAUACCAAAACGUCUCAUCACAACCCUGGCGAUCAAAGCAAUCCUUUACCCCAAAUUAGCCAAGAAGAAUUAACAAAUCGUUAUUAUCAAGCUAUGUACUCAAACUUAACGCAGUAUGACCAUCAAGCAAUCCUAUCUGAUACUUACCAGGCGCAAUUAUUACGGAGUAUGCUUUUAAAUUCCCCUAAUGCGCAAUUCGAUUAUUCAAAACAUGUUCUUCUGCAAAACCUUCCUCCUGGCGAUAGAGUCAGCCAUUCUGAUACUACUAUGCUCACCCAAAACAAUUCAACAAAGGCAUCAUCUCGAGCAUCCAAGAGGACAGAAUCUACUGUAAAUGUCGGUUCUUCAACGUCUAGGCAACACGCACAAGUCACUCUAGGAACAGAAAACUCUGGACCAUCUGAGGCAGUACAGUUUCCUCGGGAUUUCAACUAUUUUAAUCGUUUACAUCAGUCAGAACAUUUGGCAGCGCCAGUGAGAGUUCCGGAACUGGCACCACCACAACAAAAUUCACCCCGCAAGGCAAAAAGGGGCGGUAAAAACAGUAGAGGUGGAAGAGGGAAAGGUUUGCAAAAUGCUGGCACUGGAACCCCAAUUGAAUUCCUACAUCAAGAGGCCCCGGCAGAACCGACGAUUUGCAGUUCUACUAUGGUUAGCACUGGAGCUUGCACAGAUGUUUACCAUCCCACCCAAUCGUCAGCCCAUUUACAACAACCAAAGCAGCAGCAACAAUCACUAGAGCAGCUCCAAAGACAGGCGCUUCAGCAUCAGGACCAAGAUCAACAUCCACAGCAACAGCGUCAACAUCUAGAACAGCAGCCACAACAACAACAGCGUCAUCAUCUAGAACAGCAACAACAACCACAACGACCAGGACAACUACAACAGAGUCCACAGCCAGAGCAGCAGCAGCAGCAACAACAACAACAAAAACAACAACAGCAGUGUAAACAACCAAAUCAGCAACCACAGCGCCAUCAGCCUGAACAGCAACAACAGCAGCAUCAACAGCUAGAGCAUGAGAUACAACAGCACCAAAAGUCAGAACUACAGCUACAACAGCUAGAACAGGAACAACAACAGCGUCUGCAAGUCCGUGAACAGCAACAGCACUGUCUAGAGCUAAGCCUACAACAGCACCAAGGACUAAAGCAGUACCAACAACUUAAACAGCUGGAACAGCAACCACAACAGCGCCAACAGCCCGAGCAACAACAAGAUCAGCAACAACAAGAUCAGCAACAACAAGAUCAGCACCAACAUUCAGAGCAGGAACAACAACAGCACCAACAGCCAGAGAAGCAGCUACAACUUCAACAUCGAUCACCUCAUAAAGCUCAACAGUCCGCGCAAAUAGGAAACCACCAACAACAUCAACAAGAGCAGUGGCAAAACCAGCAAGAUUUGCCACAAUCUGAACAGAGAAGAAUAAAACCUCAUGAACUGGAGCUGAAACGAAGAAAACAGUUACAAAACCAACAGAUGCAACAGCAGCAGUGGUGGACACCGUCACGUCCUCCAUACCUUAUGAAAAAUGAGAACCGUGCAUCUGAAAAUUCUCAACUUUUUGAUUUGGGUAGAGGGUCGGCAAACGCGGGCCAACUGGUUGGUAAUUUGUCUUCCGAAUCCCUGGAAUCCGCAAAAAUUAAUUUAUCCGAUACUCUUAGAGACAAAUCUCACUCUGUUACCCAAACGUCACAGAAACCCAGUUCCAGUUCUUUUCAGCACAACAUUGUCGCUAAGGCUCAUCGAAAAGAUUUUCCUUCUCAGACUUCAACACAUUCACAAGAAACCGCUGAAGGCUCAGAGGAAAAUGUUUUUACUCAUGAGAGAGUAAACAGCAACAUUCCUAACUUGCAAGAAAAUGGAAAUGUGCCUAAGCAAAAACGUUCUCAGAAUCAGACACUUCAGCAUUCUCGAUCUAUUGUGAGCAGUAAUGAACUCUUUAACACUGGUCAAAAUAUUAUUACAAAUAGUCCAACCACUGAGAAAAAUGUCAAUGAUGCUUCACUUUCUACUAACAUUUCUUCGCCGCAACAAACAGCCCAAUUUUUGUCGAGCAGUAAUCUAAACCAAAAAGACAACUGCAGUGCUGAUUCCAGGUCUACUUUGGAUACUAUAUCAAACACCCGAAUGGAAUUGGUUGACGAAGUAGAAAUCACAGGAAAACUAAUUCCUGACAGCAAACAGACCGAAGGCUGGGGAUAUUCACAAACCUCUUCAAAAACUGCCACGACACACACUUUAUCUGAAGCAGGGUUGGACGAGAAAAGUAAUGAGGUUCAUACUAGAACACCUUUCAAUAACUCUAAAGAAGAAUAUGAAAUUGGGUUAUCGGUUCCCAAACAUUAUGGAUGGUGGCAACACAAGAAAGACGACAAACAUUCCAAAGGUUUUAUGCACCAGGAACAUGAACAAUAUGUAUAUCCAAAUAUAGGUGGUCAUAAUAAGAUCUCUAAUGACGGUGCCUCUAUCACUAACUUCGAAGAACAUCGCUCAGAGAUAAAAAAGAGUGAGCAAAUAUUCGAUCAGCGAGCAGGGCAUGGGGAUGGUUGUACUAGUGCCCAUUCUAGCGUUGCAGAAGUGGUGAAAUCACCAGGAAAUACAUCCUUACUUUCAUUUCCGAGUGAACGCUUCAACCAUGUCUUCAACACAAGGAAUGAGAAAAAUCUUGCGAAAGCGCAGUUCAAAGAACAAAAAUCUUUGUAUAACAUACACGAUUCGGGUACGAAGAUGACACGGGUGCAACAUGAAAGUGAUGACCCUGGUUUGUAUGCAAACCAAAAACUGUCAUUCGGUGGUACGAUUGGAGGGGAGUACGAUCCAGUGUCAUCAGAAGUGCUGUUGCCAAAAUGUCGCCGCGGUACUGAAGAAGGUGAUUCUUUCAUCAAUUCUCCCGUGAAACCGGAGCUCUCUUAUCAAGAUUCGAGUCAAAGACAAAAGGAUGUCAGCUCGUCAGGACCACUUGAGCCUCGCUCUGAAUCUUCAAAUGUAUCGACCUCUUCCCAUUUACAAGACGGUUCUCAACCGUUUAAGGACAACUCAACAAGUAACAGAAACACACAUCCUGUUCCUGAAUAUGCCCAGUCAUUACUUGGCCUAAACAAAUUAACUCGAAAUUGGCUACCCAGUAAUACCCAGGAAAGCGGACCUCAGAAUGUCUUAACUGGCAAAUAUACUCACUCAUUUGGAGAAUCUGGUCCUUCCAAAAUGGUUCCCCCAAAAAGCGAUAAUGGAAGGGGGAAAAUUCUGGAUUCCAUUGUGAACUCUCUGCAUUCUAACCAGAGACCGUCAAAUGAACAAACUGUAAACAGUCGUUUGUCGAAUUCUUGUGACACUAGGACGGCUAAAAGAACUUGCACCGAUGAUCAAGACUUCAACAGAAAAUGGCAAAGGGUUCCCCAAGCCCUUUCAUACUUAGAUACUCAAGUUGAAACGAAUCCUGAAAAUCUGAGUGGAAAACAAAGCUCUAAGCAAAGUGACCAAGCUGACAGUGAGCUAACAACAUCCUCGAUACUUGCCACAAUACCCCCAGGAUUUUACGUGGAUAAUUACCAGUCUAUUCGUGCCGCUGGCUCCGAAUUCCCCAAAGGAGAUGGAUCGAACAAUACCCGGAAGAUGAUCUGAGAGAGAAUACCCAAGCUUCUUUAGUGGCAACGUGGAGCAGCACUCAACAGAUAUUGUGCCAUGAGGAGGUGGCAGUCUGACGUCAUAAAAAAGCACAGCACUGACAAAAUUAAGACAUUUAAGGAAAAAACAACUUCUCGGAGAGUUGAUCCAGUGGACUUUCUCUUGCUACUGGGGAAUAAUGUCUGUCCCAGAACUUGGGUGGUUUGUACAUGUUCUGGCAUGACUUUUUUCUUUUCUUCUUCCUCUUUUUUUUGUUUGUUUGAAAGUGCUCCCUCCUUUCAAAAUGUGACUGUAGUCAUUGUCAAAACAUCAAAUUUCCAGAGCAUACCAAAGACUUUAGAGUGACAUCAAAACUACAAAUACAGAAAUGUGGCGGUGGAAAGGGGAAAACAUCGGGAACCGUAUGAAAUGAAACGUAUAAAACAAUCCACAUUCCCUCCCCUCUCUCCUGUCAGGCAUGCAGUAUGCAGGCAAGCCCGCACACAGUAGCCCCCAUAAAAAGCAUUUCUCAUGUAUUAGAUUAAAGAAGAAUACCGCCUAGGCAAUUAAUUCUCCUAUCAUACCCUGCCUCCUCUUCCAUUUCAUCUUUAUUUGAGUAGAGACAUUUAGAACAUUGGUAGGAAACCUGAGUCAAGACUGGGAAAGGUUCAUUGUAGCCCUUAGCAAAAGGGGAUAAAAAUGUGUUACUUUAGUCUCUGAAAUCAUCUUAUUUGUUGGAUACCACUUUGAAUCGUAACUAAAUUUGAGUACAUAAAUGUACCAUCUUUGCGUGUAAUUAAGUGUAAGCGUGAGGAGCUUGAAAGGGUAAGCGUUUGCAAGCACUUUUUUUCAAUCACAAAAGUUUACUCUCUUGCAUUUUAUACUUUUAUGUUGUCUUUCUUGACAAUGUCAAUGAUUUGUGUCGUUUUUCUCUUGCUUUCUAAUUUUAAAAAACGUUGUACAUUAAUAUAUUAUUUUCACUUUUUAAAAGGACAAACAAUUCUAAAGAAUUUGACGUUAAACUUUUUAACAAUUACAUGUAAAAGUAUAAACAUGACAUUAAUGCUUUACACAUCUUACAUAAUAAUAUGAAAUAGAAAGGGAGAUUUUUCAAAUUCCUUCAAAUUCAGAAUAUUAAUAAUAUUUUUAUGAAAAAUGAUUAAAUUUUCUGGAACUGAGAUUCUAGGCCUUCAAAUUCAAAGUUUUACUUAUUGGCAUCAUGAUGUACGAGCUUACUUCUCGCAUUCAUUGGGUAUUGCUGUCCUUUGUGUAAAUACUACAAAUAGUGUGUAUUAAAACAUUAGUAAAGGAAUUCCUCGGAGAGAUAUAAAAUGCAAUAGAAUUCAAUUACUCGUACAAUAUAUUUCGCUCAGUGGUAUUAAUUCAUUUUUAGUGUUGCGUUGCAAAACAUGUAUUUAUGAGAAUAAUGAAUGAUUAAAAAAGUAUUGUCAAUACAAUUUUUAAGAACACGUUU